UAUUGGUUAUCUUUUAAAGUUUGCUUAAUUAGCUUUAUUGCUCGCAAAACUCAGCUGUUUCUCCCAUCAUUCGAAAUAAUAUCUAAGUUUAUUCAUCGUUGGGCAAAAUAGUAAUUAACAAGACGUGAAUCUGGUCUUCGGGAAUCAGAAUGUCUUCAACGGAGCAGCCUCUCAGAGCUCAGGACAAUGAGGCUUUCUAUACACCGAUAUAUGUCCUGACAGCUGUGUUUGGCGCAGUCUUUAUCUUUGGACCUCUUUUGGUUAGGAAAGGACCUAAUAGAGGAAUUACAAGAUGUUGUAUAAUGCUCGCUUCCUUCUGCAUGUGGAUAUUCUGGACAACAAUGUACAUAGCGCAACUGAACCCGUUACUGGGACCUCGCUUGUCGAACAUAUCACUGGCCUGGGUUGGACAUAAAUGGGGUAAACAUCCGAAACAUGUUGCAGAAUUGAGAGAAGACGGGACUUAGUUCAGUGACCUCGCUUAUAAGAGAUAAAAUUAUUUUAAGUACUACUAAUUACUUAUCCUAUGUGUUAAACGUUACGGCUAUUUUAAGAACCUGCUAUUAACAUAUUCAAUAAAAUUAAAUAAGAAAACACAUUAUUUUUAUUAGCUGCACUAAUUUUCAAAAUACGAAUGGCAAUUUGAUUGUUAGGAUUUACGUUAAAAAUUUUAGGCGCCGAGCCGAUUUUCAUAAAAUUGUAUGUGUAAUUAGAUGGGACUCUGGAGUCGUUUACAAGUAAGAUACCUAGGUGCUUAUAUAACUCAGGGUACCACUACCAGUCUGAAGCACUGCCAAAUUAUAAAGAUUAAAAGACAGCGAAUCCAGCGAAAAAAAUCCUUACAAUUUUAAUUCACUUUUAAAAUUAAUAUAAAUACAGCAUGUCUCUAUAAAACCUAAACAAAAGUAGCUACAAUCUAUAAAUUCUAGGUAAAACACAACAUAAGCCGAAACAAAACGCAAUCAAAAAGUGGCAACACCAAACGAAUUGUAAUCGCGCACGCCCCCAAAACAAAUCUGUGGGUAUCGCAAAAGAUCAAAAUAACAUUUGUACCGAAAUCAUUUAUCAGAGCUGAUUCUGUUUCCAUUUGGCGGGGUUUGGCCCACGCCACGGCUUCGGCGUGUCAUUAUGGUGAGGGAACAUGGUGGGGGAUUGUAGCGAUUUAUACUGUUUGUUGGAGUAA